AUGUUUAUAAUAAAGUUUAUGUUAAUAUCAUUUUAUCUUAUAUUAAAUAAAUCAAUAUAUGCUAAGAAACUUGAAGAGAUAUUUACAUGUGUGAAUGAAACAGGAUGUGAUGAAUUAAUAGAGAAAGAUAUUUUGGAAGAAACUUUAACUACUACAAUUGAAAAUAUUUAUAAUAUAACUAAUACUACUAUUAAUUCUAUAUAUUCAACUCAAUCUACAAAAUUUCAAAUAGUUACUGGACAAAUGCCUCAGAAAAUUAAAUACAAUAAAAAAUCACGAAAUCAAAAUGUACAUAAAAUCUAUUCUGACAUAUGUGAAUGUGAUUUAAUGAUGUCGUCUUGUGAUAUUAAUUGUUGUUGUGACAAAGAUUGUAAUGAUUUUCAUUUAACUGUUUUUUCAUAUUGUGAAAAUUAUCAACCUGAAUUGUUUGAUAAACGUUAUUGUUAUAACAGAAAUUUUAUACAACGAAAUAAUACUCCAUUUAUACUUGAAAAAUUAGCGAAUAAUCUUUUUUGUAUUUUAUAUGAUAAUCUUCCACCUACAUACAGUAUUAGUAAUGAAUUGGAUAUAAAAACUGAAGAAGAUUUAAGAAAAACAAUAAAUUUAAAUAGAUUGACAUGGAAAUGGAAUGACCAAUUUUAUCAACUUGAAUAUAAUGCUUCUAAUUCUUAUCAAGAUGGUGAUGUUAUGUGGAUAGUACAUAACAGUUAUAUUCAACCCUUUGAAAUAUUACAAUCUGGAUUUACUGAACUAUGCUCCUUUAAGAAAACUUUAAAAUAUCUUCGUGAAUGGAAAGAACAAUGUUUGCAAACUGAAUUAAUUGAAACAAAUAAAUUUUUGUUUCCUGCAACAUUUAAUAAUUUUACAAUUAUAGUAUCUCCUCAUUUGUUAAAUGAAACUUAUAUUCAGAUACUGGAUCAGAUUUGUCCUAAAAAUGUAUGUUUAACUUUAAAUAGUUAUUAUUGUAAACAUUAUUGGAAAACAUGCAGUAAUAAUAUUAUACUAGGAUCUUGUUCUAAUGGCACAUGUUACAAUAUUGUAACAGGUGUAAAAUAUUUAAUUGUUCACAAUGGUUCUAUGGGAAUUAAUAAUAUUGAUGUAUAUUUUAAUAUAGGUAAUGUUUCUCAAAAUUUUUAUCAGCAAUUUAUAGUAACAUAUGAAUGGGCAGAAUUAGAUAAAGAAAAAAGUUUUUCUCUCAGUGGUAAUCCUGGCUAUAUUAUUGGAAAGCCAUUAAUUAUAGGUACUUUAAAAAUAAAUAAGACUAAUAAUAUAGAAACUAAAUAUAUCAAUUUUAAUAAAAGUGAUAGUUUUUUGACAUUACCUAUAGCUACAAAAACUGGUGAAUGUAAUGAAAUUAAUAGGUAUGCUCUUUCUUUUGGAGAAAAUAUUAAAUUGAAGUGCUCUGUAUCUGUACAUACUAAUAAUUUUAGUACAGCAUCUUGUAUAGAAUUACAAAAUCUUAUUAUGCAUUUUUUACUUAAAGAUACUUUAUUUAAUGUUACACAAAUAAAUCAAUAUAAUAUUUAUGUUGCCAAGUUAGGUAAUUUUUCUAGUAAUGAUACUACUAAUUGGACAAAAAUUUUAUUGGAUAGAAUGCCACAAAAUAUUAUAGUAGGAUGGUUUAUUAAUAAUCGUUUAUAUUGUUCAGGUUUAAUAACAUCUAUACAUUUAAAUAUUUUAUAUUCUGCUUUAACAAAACCCGAAACAUUAAAAAAUUAUAAGAUAAUAGGUAUUAGUAUUACAUUUUCAACAGGAUCUAAUAUAUCUUGGUCAAAAUGUACAUCUGAAAAGUGUAUAGAUAUAUUAAAAACAGAUGUUGUUAGUUAUGUUACAUUUCAUGAUAUGUCAAAACCAUCCAAAUAUUAUUUUGUAGGAGGACCAAACUUAGAUAUUACUUUACCAUAUGAUUUUUUUUAUCCUUUUUUAAAUAGUUCAACUUAUAUUAAAUCAAAUAUAUUUUUAAUUAGUAUAAUAUUGAGUAUAACUUUGCAUAAUUUUUUUAUUGAUUUCAACUAACAUAAUUAUAUAUAAUAGUUUAUUACAUGUAUUACACAGCACAUUAAAUUAUAUAUUUUGUUAAAAUAUUUAUUUAAUAAUAUAAACUAUAUAUAACAAAUGGAGUGAAAAUAAUUUUAUAUUUAUAAUUUGUUUUGUUCACGUGUGUUUAAAAAUAAAUAAAUAGAAAAUAUGCAAUAAUAAAUUUUAUUUUUUAUAUGAAAAAAUACUUUUAUAUUUUAAAAUUAUUAUUUUCAAAUUUAUAUAAUUUUAUUUAAUAUUAUAAAUUACAUGAAGUUUUAUCACUUAUUUAAAUUUAAUUUUUAUUUUUAUUUAUGUAUUAUUAAAAUUAUAACGUAAAAUAUUCAGUAAUA